AUGAGUGGAACGAUUGCGUUGGCGGCGGGUGCGGUAGGAGCACUCAUCUUGACACCGAUAGCUGCUCCCGCAGUACUUGGAGUUGUUGGUUUUGGUGCGGCUGGGCCUAUCGCUGGGGGCAUAGCCGCGGGGAUGCAGGGUGCAGCGGUGGCGGCUGGAAGCUCUUUCGCUAUAUGCCAGAGCAUCGCCAUGGGCGGCGCUGUGCCCGUCAUUGGCUAUGCCACUGCAGCGGGUAUUGGUGGUGUGGCUGCUCGCGGCGUCGCUGCUCUCUCUGGCCUCUUUUAG